GCCGGCGCCGGGAGCGACGCUGGGGGCUCGCCGCGGCCGGGCCGGGACGAGGUGGCGGCGGCGGCGGACGGGGCGGCGGGCGCUCGCUUUCUCGCAGAGCGGCUGCGGCGGCGCGGGUCCGAGGCCGGAGGAGCCGCGGCCCCGGCGUCGCGGUGUUGAAACAAAGGCACCUAUCCUGAAGGCACUAGCACCUCCUGCCCUUGUCAACUGAUUCUUACGGAAAUCUGUUAAUUCUGCUUUUUGAGCACUUAUGAAUAACCACGUGUCUUCAAAACCGUCUACCAUGAAGCUCAAACAGACCAUCAACCCCGUUCUUUUAUUUUUCAUACAUUUUGUAAUAUCACUUUACACUAUUUUAACAUACAUUCCAUAUUAUUUUUUGUCUGAGUCAAGAAAAAAACCAAGCCAAAUUAAAGCAAAGCCUGUAAGUUCAGAACCCGACUCUGCAUACAGAUCUGUCAAUAGUCUGGAUGGCUUGGCUUCGGUAUUAUACCCUGGAUGUGAUACACUAGAUAAAGUUUUUAUGUAUGCGAAAAACAAAUUUAAGGACAAAAGACUCUUGGGAACACGUGAAAUUUUAAAUGAGGAAGAUGAAGUGCAACCAAAUGGAAAAAUUUUUAAAAAGGUUAUUCUUGGACACUAUAAUUGGCUGUCCUAUGAAGAUGUCUUUGUUAGAGCUCUCAAUUUUGGAAACGGCUUACAGAUGUUGGGUCAGAAACCGAAGACCAACAUUGCCAUCUUCUGUGAAACCAGGGCCGAGUGGAUGAUCGCUGCCCAGGCGUGCUUCAUGUAUAACUUUCAGCUUGUUACAUUGUAUGCUACCCUAGGAGGUCCAGCGAUUGUUCAUGGGUUAAAUGAAACAGAGGUGACCAACAUCAUUACUAGUAAAGAACUCUUGCAAACGAAGUUGAAGGAUAUCGUCUCCAUGGUCCCGCGCCUGCGGCACAUCAUCACUGUCGACGGAAAGCCACCGGCCUGGGCCGAGUUCCCCAAGGGCGUCAUCGUGCACACCAUGGUGGCCGUGCAGGCUCUGGGAGCGAAGGCCAGCGUGGAAAACGAACCUCAUAGCAAACCAGCGCCCUUAGAUAUUGCGGUAAUCAUGUAUACAAGUGGAUCCACAGGACUUCCGAAGGGGGUCAUGAUCUCCCAUAGUAACAUUAUUGCUGGUAUAACCGGGAUGGCAGAAAGGAUUCCAGAACUGGGAGAAGAAGAUGUUUACGUCGGGUAUUUGCCCCUGGCCCACGUUUUAGAGUUAAGUGCUGAGCUUGUCUGUCUGUCUCAUGGCUGUCGCAUCGGCUACUCUUCACCGCAGACCCUGGCGGAUCAGUCUUCAAAAAUAAAAAAAGGAAGCAAAGGGGACACAUCCGUGUUGAAACCAACACUGAUGGCAGCUGUUCCGGAAAUCAUGGAUCGAAUCUACAAAAAUGUCAUGAAUAAAGUGAAUGAAAUGAGUAGCUUUCAACGCAAUCUGUUUAUUCUGGCCUAUAAUUACAAAAUGGAACAGAUUGCAAAAGGGCAGAGUACUCCACUAUGUGACAGAUUUAUUUUCCGGAAAGUUCGAAGCUUGCUAGGUGGAAAUACUCGGCUUCUGCUAUGUGGAGGUGCUCCGCUUUCUGCAACCACACAGCGAUUCAUGAAUAUCUGUUUCUGCUGUUCCGUUGGUCAGGGGUAUGGACUCACCGAAUCUUCUGGGGCUGGCACAAUUACAGAAGUGUGGGACUACAAUACUGGCAGAGUGGGAGCACCAUUAGUUUGCUGUGAAAUCAAAUUAAAGAACUGGGAGGAAGGUGGAUACUUCAAUACCGAUAAACCACACCCCAGGGGUGAAAUUCUUAUUGGUGGCCAAAAUGUGACAAUGGGAUACUACAAAAAUGAAGCAAAAACAAAAACUGAUUUCUUUGAAGAUGAAAAUGGGCAGAGGUGGCUCUGCACUGGAGACAUCGGAGAGUUUGACCCUGAUGGUUGUUUAAAGAUUAUUGAUCGUAAAAAGGACCUUGUAAAACUGCAGGCAGGAGAGUACGUUUCUCUUGGGAAAGUAGAGGCAGCUUUGAAGAAUCUCUCACUAAUAGAUAACAUUUGCGCGUAUGCAAACAGUUAUCAUUCUUACGUCAUUGGAUUUGUUGUGCCAAAUCAAAAGGAACUAACAGAACUAGCUAGAAAGAAAGGCCUGAAAGGGACUUGGGAGGAGCUGUGUAACAGUUGUGAAAUGGAAAACGAGGUACUCAAAGUGCUUUCUGAAGCUGCUAUUUCAGCAAGUCUGGAAAAGUUUGAAAUUCCAGUAAAAAUUCGUUUGAGCCCUGAACCGUGGACCCCUGAAACUGGUCUGGUGACAGAUGCCUUCAAGCUGAAACGCAAAGAGCUUAAAACACAUUACCAGGCGGACAUUGAGCGAAUGUAUGGAAGAAAAUAAUUAUUGUCUUUCAGCAUCAGUUUGCUACAGGGAGCUCAGAUCAAAUAGGGAAAUACUUGAAAUGCAUGUCUCAGACUGUGAGGCGAACUCCAUUCCUCAUAUUAAACCUAAACUGUUAUUUCUCAUGACAUCACCAUUUUUAACCCACAGGAUUAGUAAAAUAUUAAGACAGCAAACUUGUGUCUGUCUCUUCUUUCUUCCCUCCUCCAGUUCACUUUCCCACCUAGGACUGCACUUGUCAGCAUGAGGACUUUCUGAAUCAUACUGGGGAACAGUGAUUUUAAAACCUCAAGUUUUUAAACAUGAUUUAUAUGUUCUGUAUAAUGUUCAGUUUGUAACUUUUUAAAGUUUGGAUGUAUAGAGGGAUAAAUAGGAAAUAUAAGAAUUGGUUAUUUGGGGGGCUUUUUUACUUACAGUAUUUAAAAAUGCAAGGGUAUGGAUGUGGAAUUAUGUAAAUUUCAAAUGCCUAUCAAUCAAAUCAUUGUUGAACAAAAGAUUUGUUGCUGUGUAAUUAUUGUCUUGUAAGCAUUUGAGAGAAAUAAAUAUACCCAUACUUAACGUUUUAAGAAAUUGAGACCUUGUGAA